GAAUUCGCUGACCAAGCACUCGCCUGACACCUUCAAUUGGAGAUCUCUGAUCCUGCAUGAUAAUUAUUGCUGUUCCUCGCUGUCUGCGUCUGGGAUUCAUCCAUCCAACAAUUCCAUCACCUGUUCCAUUGCAUCUCGUCUCGAUUUCUCCCAUUGUAACUAGUCGGAGCGUCCUGGCCACCCCCUCACUGCCUUCAAGGCAGAAAUUUGUCGAUUGACCUCCAUUCCACAUCCCUCCCUAUCACUUUAUACAUAGAGCCGUUAGACACCAUGGCUCCCUCUGUCGUGAGCAUCGAUACAACCCCUGACUUCGAUAUGACGCCUGCUCCCACAAAGUUGGUCACCACUGGCAAGCGCACACUGCUCCUUGCUCCUCCAUCGGUCGCCACCCAAGAGGACAAACUACGUGCACUCUUCACAACCUACGACCGAAACACGACCGACCUGCAAAUGCUUGACCGUGUCUCCGCCGGCUUCGUCUCCCUCCCGUCAAACACAUACGACCUCGUCCUCGUCCUCACGGACACAGAUGGCACUCGCCGCUCCGAGGCUCUCCAGCUGCUCAAGCGGGAGGUCUAUGCGGCCGUUAUUCCAUCUAUGAAGGGUAGUGCCAAGCUACAGACUCAGGAUAACUUUUUUGGAGAGGCAGAAGAGCGGGAGGCUGUCCUGGCCGGACUCGUGAAGUCGCAAAGUGGAUUCGAGAAGUUGGAUGUGAGCACUGGUGCUGCGGUACCCUUGAAGCUGGGGCGGAAGAAGAAGACGGCUCCUGCCCCGACCCCGGCUCCGGUUCCGGCUCCCGUUGUGCGGCCGCCUCCGAUCAUCAGUUCUGAGGAUAACGACCUGAAUGAUGAUGACGAUGAGCUGAUUGAUGAGGAUACCCUUCUGUCCGCGGAUGAUCUGAAGAGACCGAUUGUACAACCCCCAGAAUGCCGACCAAAGCCCGGCAAGAGACGCCGCGCUUGCAAGGAUUGCACUUGUGGUCUAGCCGCUCAGAUGGAGGCUGAAGACCAGGACCGCCGUGACGCAGCUGACAAGAACCUGAACGUCAUGAAGCUCGAGUCGGAUGAUUUGAACGAACUUGACUUCACGGUGCAAGGGAAGACAGGCUCCUGCGGUAGCUGUGCACUUGGUGAUGCGUUCAGAUGUGACGGCUGCCCGUUCAUUGGUCUUCCAGCCUUCAAGCCAGGCCAGGAGGUCCAGAUCCUGAACGAUGUUGCCCAGCUAUGAACUUGUUUUUGCUAUGCUUGGAUUGGUCAAUGGAGCUGGGUUUUGCUUUGGGGGUUCCGUGGCGUUAAGCUGGAUUUCGCUUUAGAUACACUUAAGUAAAAUGGUUCAUUGCUGGCAUUGAG